UCUCAAUGUCAUUUGUAACACGUGCAGACCGCGCGUCUUCACCUGUUGUUUUUGUUCAAUUUAAAUCAUAUAAUGGGUCUAACGAAACAAUAUUUGGCAUAUCGUGCCAUUGACAGCUUCAACAUAAUCGCCUCGGGUCGUGCCAAUUUGAAUUUCGCCGUACUCGAGCAGAGUGAGGGCCGUUUUGUUGCCGCCCCAGCAGCUGAGAAUGUUAUCAUUUGGGACUUGCGCAUGGGCGAGCGGAAGCUGACGCUACGCCGCGAAAAACAAGAGGUGACAGCACUGCGUGUCUCACCCGAUCAUCUGCACAUCGCCGUCGGCUAUGCGGACGGCGUUGUUCAAAUAUUUGAUCUAAGCUCGCGAACAUAUUACGAUGCCAUCUGCUCGCUGGCUCUGCACAAGAAUGCAGUCAGCGUACUGCGCUACGAUGCGCAUGGCAUGCGCCUUGUGAGUGGUGGCCUGGACACGGAGUUGGUUGUUGUCGAUGUCGUGGAGCAGGCUGGGCGACAGCGUCUCAGUGGACACAAUGCUGCCGUAACGGAUGCACAUUUCCUGCAACGUCUAGUCGAGCAGGAGGUUGUCGUCAGUUGUUCGAAGGAUACGCAAAUCAAGCUUUGGAAUCUGGAGACACAAUUCUGUUUUAAAACCAUUGUGGACAAUCGUACCGAAAUCUGGGCCUUGGCUUUUGUCAACGAUCUGAUGAUUGCCGGCGCUGGUGAGAGUGGCAUGAAUGUGUAUCGCCUGCGAAAGCGCGAGGAUGCAUCAGCGCAUGCAACACUCGAGGCAGCCGUCCAGGGCUUGGCCAUCGACGAUGAGGAUACAAUUAGUCCGCUAAGCGUCAGCAAUUGCGGCACCAUCCAACGUGCCGGCAAAGGACGCACCGUCAAUUUGGUGGCCGAUCCCAACGAACGGGUGCUAAGUUGUCAUGGCACCAAUGAUCUGAUUGAGAACUUUUACAUAUGCACUGGCGAGGAGGCCAAGCAGCGUUUGGCAAAGCGCCUGAAGAAGGCGCGCAAAAAGGCGCUGGAUGCGCAGACGGCGUCCGAGGAGAACGAUGAACAGCUGUCCAAGGAGCUGUCGCUCAGCGAUGAGAUCAAGCGACUGGAGAGCAUUAAAACGAAACAAAAGAUCAAAUCUAUCGAUGUGCUGCUCGGCGAGAACAAAGAGCUGCGAAUGCUCGUCAGUCUUGCCAACAACAGCAUGACUCUUUACUCACUGGAGGCCUCGCUUAAAUCUCGAAAGAGUAGCUCAUCCCAGAUGGAUGGCAGUAUCAAACUGCUACGCUCCCUAACGCGGCUCGGUCACCAGUCGGAGUUGCGUUCAGUGUGCUUCAGCAACGAUUCGCUGGCAAUUGGCUCUGGCGCUGGAGAUUCCUUCAAGUUCUGGGAUCGGGAUGCAAUGCAAUGUUUGAGAACAGUGCCCACCCAAUAUAUACUCUGCUCACGUUUUGUGCCCGGCGAUCGCUAUGUGCUGUUGGGCAUGAAGAGCGGCAAGCUGCUCAUUGUGGAUGUGAGCGCAGCGGAUAUUGUUGAGCAAAUCCCCGCGCACGAGAGCGAACUGUGGAGCAUUGCUCUGCUGCCGGAUCAGAAGGGUUGUGUCACGGGCAGUAGUGAUACAACGCUGAAAAUCUGGACCUUUGAGCUGAUCGAUAGUGGCGAGGAAGCUGGCCAGACCAAAGUACUCUCGCUGCUGCACAAGAACACGCUCAAGCUGGAGGAGACGGUGCUGUGUGUGGCCAUUAGCCCGAAUAUGAAAUACCUGGCUGUGGGUCUGCUCGAUGCCACUGUGAAGAUAUUUUUCCUGGACACGUUCAAGUUUUAUCUGUCGCUGUACGGACACAAAUUGCCCGUGCUCUGCAUGGAUAUCUCUUAUGACUCGACGCUGAUAGCAACGGGUUCGGCUGAUCGCAAUAUUAAGAUUUGGGGUCUCAAUUUUGGUGAUUGUCAUCGUUCGAUCUUUGCACAUGAUGAUUCGGUGAUGUCGCUGCAAUUUAUACCAAAAACACACAUGUUUUUCAGUUGUGGCAAGGAUGGCAAGGUCAAGCAAUGGGAUGGCGACUCCUUCGAGAAGAUCAUCACGCUGCCGGGGCAUAUUGGCGAGGCGCACUGCCUCUCUGUCUCGCCCAAUGGCCGGUAUCUGGUCAGCUGCGGGUCGGAUCGCACACUGCGCAUGUACGAGCGCACCGAAGAGACCAUUGUGCUGCAGGACGUCCAGGAAGAGGAGCGCGACCAGUUGGAAAACGAGAAAUUGGCCACCGGUGAAGAUAAUAGUGUGCCCCUGCUACCCGGUCUUAAGUUGCCCUCUCGAAAAACUGCUGGCGCCGAACAGGCAGCCGAAUCCAUCAUGGAAUGCCUCGAAAUCUCGAAACAAUUUGAGCUGGAGUCGGAUGAGAAGCCGGAGCUGCAUCCGCUGAUGCUGGCAUUGCAGGUGAAGAACCCGAAUGAUUUUCUGGUCACGACACUUGUGCGCAUACGCACCUCCGAUAUGGAGGAGUCCCUGCUCCUGCUGCCCUUUUCGAUUGUGUGCGAGCUGCUCGAGCGUUUGCCCGCACUAAUCACCCAAAGACCCGACGAAGUAGAGCUGCUAUGCCGCGUGACCGUGUUCCUCUUCAAGGUGCACAUGAAACCCAUUGCGGCGGCCAAAUCUAUGAAGCCACUGCUACUCAAGCUGUUGGGCCUGCUCAAGCACGAUAUCAAACAGCUGCGCGACCUAACGGGUUGCAAUCUGCACGCGCUGUCUCUGCUCCAGGCGGAUGUGGAACAGCGCCAAGGUGUCCAGCUGUUCCGGGACGCAACGCUAGCGAGACGCAAGAGUGAGAAGAAGUGUCGAGCGUCUGCCAAGCGGCGCAUUCAAAUUCAAAUGGCGUAAAAAUAAAUAAAUAUUAAAUUUCAAUAUAUAUA